CGGCGCGCCGGCACGGCGGGCAUCUCGGGGCACCGAGCGGAGGCGCGGCGCGCGAGGAGGGCUGCGGGCGGUCGCGGGCGCCAGCGCCAUGAACGCGGCAGUGGUGCGGCGGACGCAGGAGGCUCUGGGCAAGGUGAUCCGGAGGCCGCCGCUCACCGAGAAGCUGCUGAACAAGCCGCCGUUCCGCUACCUGCACGACAUCAUCACUGAGGUGAUCAGGAUAACUGGCUUUAUGAAGGGCCUCUACACAGAUGCUGAGAUGAAGUCAGACAACGUCAAGGAUAAAGAUGCAAAAAUUAGCUUCCUACAGAAGGCCAUAGAUGUGGUCAUGAUGGUCUCAGGAGAACCCUUGGCAGCAAAGCCAGCUCGAAUCGUGGCCGGGCAUGAGCCUGAGAGAACCAACGAGUUGCUUCAGUUGAUUGGCAAGUGCUGCCUCAACAAGCUCUCCAGUGAUGAGGCAGUGAAGAGAGUCUUAGCUGGGGAGAAGGGAGACUCGAGAGGACGGGCCGUUCGGACCUCCAAAGCACCCGAGUCCGACAACAAGGGCGUGAAGGAAGAAGAGUCCAGAGCUCAUAAAGAGGACAAAAAGAACGCUGAGGUGAAGGAGAGAAGCAGGAGCGCAGAGCACAAGCAGAAGGAGGAACUGAAGGAUGAAAACAAGUCACGGGAGAAGGAGAGGGACAAGGAGAAGGCCAAGGAGCCUGACAGAGACCGACACAGAGACUCUGACAAGGACAGAAACAGAGAAGGAGAACGGGAGAAAGCCAGAACGCGGGCCAAGCAGGACAGGGACAGAAGCAACAAAGACCGGGACAGAGAAGCCGAAAGGGACAAGGAGAGAGACAGGAGGAGUGAGGGCGGGAAAGAAAAAGAGAGGCUGAAGGACCGAGACCGCGACAAGGGGAAAGACCGGGAACGGCGGAAAUCGAAGAACGGGGAGCAUUCCCGGGACACUGACAGGGAGAAAAGCAGAGAUCCAGACAAGCCAGAGAGAAAGUCAGCAAGCUCAGGGGAGAUGCCUAAAAAGUCGGAUGGAUCCUUCAAAGAUGCCAAAGCAGAGAUGGAGGCUGAGGUUUCUUCGGGAGCAUCCAGGUCCUUGCCAUCAAAAACAUCAAAACGGCGAUCCAAGAAUUCACUGGAAGGCGACUCUCCCAGUGACGCAGAAGGAGAAGCUGGACCUACUGGCCAAGAUAAGCCCGAGGUGUCAGAGAAUGCAGAAGUCCCCAGUGAACUUUCCUCCAAUCUCAGAAGAAUACCUCGGCCUGGGAGUGCACGACCAGCACCUCCCAGGGUCAAACGACAAGAGAGCACUGAGACCCUGGUAGGAGACAGGUCAGGAAGUGGUAAGACUGUCUCCAAUGUGAUCAUCGACUCGCAGAAUUCUGACAACGAGGAUGAUGAGCAGUUUGUGGUGGAGGCCGCCCCUCAGCUUGCAGAAAUGUCAGAAAUCGAAAUGGUGCAGGCAGGGGACCUGGAGGAUGAGGAGAAGCACGGUGGGCUUGUGAAAAAGAUCUUGGAGACGAAGAAGGAUUAUGAGAAACUGCAGCCAUCUUCCAAGCCUGGCGAGAAGGAGCGCUCACUGGUCUUUGAGUCAGCCUGGAAGAAGGAGAAGGACAUCGUGUCGAAGGAGAUAGAGAAGCUCCGCGUGUCCAUCCAGACCCUGUGUAAGAGCGCGCUGCCCCUGGGGAAGAUCAUGGACUACAUCCAGGAGGACGUCGACGCCAUGCAGAACGAGCUGCAGCUGUGGCACAGCGAGAACAGGCAGCAUGCUGAGGCCCUGAGCAAGGAGCAGAGCAUCACAGACAGUGCAGUGGAACCCCUGAAGGCCGAGCUGUCUGAGCUGGAGCAGCAGAUCAAAGACCAGCAGGACAAGAUCUGUGCCAUAAAGGCCAACAUCCUAAAGAACGAGGAGAAGAUCCAGAAAAUGGUGCAUAGUAUCAACCUGACGUCCCGAAGGUGAACGGCCAGCCCUGCAGAGAUGGAGCCCUCAUCCUCAUGAUGGGAGAAAAGGCAGGAAACUGUCACUCUAGGCCCAGUCUGUUGAGAAAAUGGACUGCAGACGCCCGGACCCAGCUAAAUACAGAACUUUCGGUUUAGGCUCUAAACUUAUUAAAAGGCUGUGUUUUCUUACCUCCUUCCA